ACUUUUAUUUUCGCCUUUAGUAUAUAUAAAAACGCAAAUCCUCCCCUCCUACCUCUCAUUAAGCAAACUCGGCGCAACCUCACACCAACGUCUUUCACCCUUGUCCCAAAUUUUUCAUAAGAAUGGCAGCAAAACGUUUUUCGGAUGAUUCUGAUCAAGACAAUGAUAAGCCAGGCGAUAAACGGAUGAGAAGUGCAAGACCUUCUUUUGCUUCUGUAAUAGGGGAAGUUGUUAUGGUGAAAAAUUUGCAAAACCUUUUCUCGGGUUUGGAACCCUUGCUUAGAAGAGUGGUGAAUGAAGAGGUGGAUCGAGUGAUGAGACAUCGUUGUCCACGAUCAAUAACUAGGUCCCCUUCAUUGAGAAUCCAAGCAUUGGAGCAACCAUCAAGCUAUCAACUCAUGUUUAACAAAAAGCUUUCGCUCCCUAUAUUCACGGGUAGUAGAAUAUUAGAUAUAGAUGGGAACCCCAUCCAUGUGGUUCUUGUUGACAAAAGUAAUGGUCAAAUGGUUACCACGAUUUUUCAACACCCCAUCAAGCUAGAAAUUGUGGUUCUAGAUGGAGAUUUUCCUCCUGCUGGUGAUAACAACGAGUCAUGGACGAGUGAUGCAUUCAACAACCACAUAGUGAAGGAGAGAACAGGGAAAAGACCAUUGCUUACCGGAGAAUUGAAUCUGACCAUGAGGGAUGGAAUUGCACCAAUUGGAGACAUUGAGUUCACUGAUAAUUCUAGCUGGAUUCGUAGCAGAAAGUUUAGAGUUGCUGUGAGAGUGGCUCCAGGGAGUAAUCAAACUGUUCGAAUUCGUGAAGGCAUGACUGAACCAUUUAUCGUGAAGGAUCACCGGGGUGAAUUGUACAAGAAACACCACCCACCAAUGCUACACGACGAAGUGUGGCGCCUAGAGAAGAUAGGGAAAGACGGAGCUUUCCACAAAAAAUUGUACAAAGAAGGGAUUAACACAGUGCAAGAUUUUCUCAAGUUAUCCGUUGUUGAUCCCCAUAAGCUCAGAAAGAUUUUAGGCGUUGGGAUGUCAGAGAAAAUGUGGGAAGUGACAAUUAAGCAUGCAAAGACUUGCAACAUGGGCAACAAACUUUACGUCUAUCGUGGGGCUAAUUUUACAAUCUUUCUCAAUGCCAUAUGCCAAUUGGUUAGAGCUGAUGUCAACGGCCAAAACUUUCCCAGCAAAGAACUGAGCAACAUGAGCAGGAGCUAUAUGGAAAGAUUGUUGAGAGAAGCAUACGAUAGUUGGAAACACUUGGAAGAAAUUGAUGGGGCUUUGAAUGAUAAUGUUGCUUUGUUAACCCAAGGUGAAACAGUGGAGCAAUUUCCAAACAAUCAUCAAGCAUCAUUAAUGGCAUAUGAUCAGAACGAUUAUUUUGGUGAUAAAUCUGCAGAGGGUGGCAACUACGUUCCUAGCCAUAACGCACAAAUGGGGUGCAACGAGUGGGCACUGAGUGCACAAUUUGCUUCACCAUCGUUCGUGAAUGGCAUGCCUUAUAGCUUCUCACUCUCAGAGUCACAAUCGGACAGUGACAUAACACCCUCAGUUGAUGGUGCUGCAAGGUGGCAUUAGAAAAAUUUUAGUACUUUUUUUUUGUCCACAGCAAAAUUUUAGUACUUUGACUUUCAGCUGUAUAUACAAGUAGCAGUUGGAGAAUCAAAUUAGUCUUUUUCUUUUAUCAUGAAUCAUUAGGCUUAGUGUGAAGUGUUGGCCCAUAACAUAAAUGUGUCAUGAUGGUUAGUUUUGGUCUAGGCCCAUUUCAAGGAUCUGUGAAAAUAUGUGGCGUGGCCUUUUUUACUACUCUCUUGCCAAAAAUACCUUCCUUUACUGGGCAGUGUUGCUAUGGUUAUCAUAGUUUCAGCAAUCACGUAAAGUAAUGAUGUAUUAUAACAUCAUGAGAAGUGAUUCGACCCUCUUAUCUUGUUAUACUUUUAUGCGUUUUCUGUUUCGAUUUGGGUUAAGAGCCCCAUUCUGCUCUUAGUUUUCAAAUGUUCUGGGAUAAUUUUGUUCUCACAACAAAGGAAAUUUGUCCCCAAGAAGUUCUUCUAAACGUUAUAUUCAGUGUCUAAUACCUAAUAAUGUUACCAAUCUUAUUAGGAAUUACGCAUAUUCGUCUCUCUGUCGUGGGUC